GAGAGAGAGAGAGAGAGAGGAAACCAGGUUACUCUGUAACGGAGAGAGAGAUUGAGGCGGAAAGAGGAGGUUACCACAGCAACUCGGGGGACAUCGCUGCAGCAGCCGAGGGGACACACAGGUUGAAGUGACGAUGAGCAGAUGGAGGACAGACCUGGUGGUCCAGUUCCACCUCUGACCUUCAUCAAACAGUUUUGGACUUUACUGGGUACCAGGAAGCCAAGGGACCCUUCGCACAAAUAGCGACGGUCCAAGGAAAAAAGGAAGUUCAGUGCAGUUAGGUGUCUAAGGUGCCACCAUGUCCCAGGCAGGUAAAGUGCUCCACCUGUACGUUGAAGUGAGGUCUGUUGCCGAGGAGGAAAAUGAAGUGCCUGGAGGAAGAGAUGAUGGGACUGCUCACCUGAUGCUUCAGUGCCCAGACGUCCUCCCUCAAUCUCAGAGAAGCUCCAGCCCCAACCGCCGUCAGAAUCUUUCCCCAGUCUCUCAUCACCAAACUGGGGUUGGAAGCCACUGCUUAUCCCCCUCAAAGUCAUCCUCCAGGCACUCUGUCAGCUUCCAACUCCAAAACCCUGAUGCUACAGGGUGUCCCACCCAGUUCCACCGGCAGGAUUUGUCGCAUGACGGUAUCAAUCAAUUGCUCCAGGUCCUUGCACCUGGAACAACUGGUCUAGGCCAGCAUGGCUCAUUGGGACGCACCUGUUCCUCUGACAUGGAUCCCUACCGGGCAAAGAUGCUUAUCUCCCCAUCUUCUACAUCUUCUGGGACAGUGACCAUACCCUCCACACCUACCAGCAACCGCAGGUCCUACGAAGUCCCAGGGGUUGUGGGUGAGGAAGGGAAGACAUCUGUGGUGACCUUUGGCUACAUAGAGAAAGCUAACGUUCACAGCAUGGGGGGCCGCUGUACCUCUGUGUGCCAAAGUGAGUUGAGCAAUCCUCCUAACAGAAUGGAGGGGCAGCGGCUCCGAAAGAGGUUGAGUGACCCAGUGUGGUGCAAUGGGCAGCCAGGGCAAGGGGACCCUUACCACAAUCACCCUUACACCUCCAGGAGUCCGACCCUACAAGGCUCGCCUUACCUGCAGAGGGCGAGCCCAGACCCAGUUGCCAGAGAUGCCACCUACAGGGCCUUGGAGGAAUUUGGAUCCCCAGAACUUAGGCACAGAUUUGCUGGGCACAACCCAGAGAAUUACAGUCCAACCUUGCCACGGCACUACCAGUCCCCCCGCUGCCGGUCCUGGGGGGGGUCACCUGUCCUGCCCCGCAGCACCCUUACCCUGCCAUCAAAGGCCCUGCUGGACAGGGGAGUCUGCCGUAGUUCAGUGAAUGGACUACCCAGAAGUCCUGCCUCCGACCACCUGUGUUCUCACAGUGGGUACUGCUCCCACUCAGUAGCUCAAACCUCACCUCUUGGCUCUCGUGGCCCUCCCCAGAGCCAGCAGAGAUCAUGGGUGGGGGAAGAGAGCCCCAGGUUGUCCAGCAAAUUUCACCCACCGUUACCCGCGGGGAGACCCACAGACAUCCAGCAUGAGAUCCCAACUAGCAUAUUCCACACCAGCAACCAUUCCAGGACUGGCUAUCAAGCUAGUGGGAACCCCAAACACAGUGUUGGUAGUAGCUAUUGUACCAACAUCAAUGCUAAUCAUAAUGCUACACACAGUACACACUACAGCACUAGUGAUAACGUAUCCAUCAAGACUCACUACAAACCGUCAAGCUGCAGUAGCAGAGCCAGUGACACAGUCAGCCCAACCAAUGGCAGGAGAAGCAUCUCCCCAUCCUUCAAUUCUGAAGUGGCUUGUAAGUUAGAGGUGGAAGCUACCAAGCUGUCCAAUAUUUUAGCUGAGAGGCGGACUCCCUCUCCAACAUAUUCUCAAGCUGAGUCACUGAGGUCAGAGAGUCCCAAGAUGUCAUUCCUGAGCGAAUCCCAACCGUAUGCCACUAUUCAUGAGCGAAAUUCCCCUGAGACUCUGCGGGCCGACAACCAGAACCUCAGAUGGAAGACAGACAAAGCAACGCCUCAAACCAGACCAGGACGCGUCUCACCGCUCUUAUCCCAGAAAGGCCCGUCUUCGCCAGCAUCUUCAGCCUUGCCGGCUAGGUUGCACUGUGCAGCCACUUCUCAAUCACCAGUCUUGGACCCACGGUAUCAACGUGGUUCAUCGCCCUCUAAGGACGUGUCUGCCCUGCACCACUACCAGCUGCCACAGUACACUGGAGACCACAAACCGCCCAGCAUGGAGCGGAAGCAGUAUGAUCACCUCUUUGACAGAUCUCUGAAGGAAAGCCCUGAACUCUCAAGGAGACUUCUCUCAGAAGCGUUCCCCGUGAGCUGGUCGGACGCUGGACCGGUCCAGGAUGGGGACGAACUCUGUGAAGACGACUGCAGACAGUCGGACUCUAGAGUGUACAUUCCAAGCAAAGAGGAACAUCGCAGGAAGGUUGGAAGAGACGAAGGAAUGGAGGCAUCGGUGCAGGAGUGUCAAGCGCCAGUUACAAGUGUGUCCAAGGACGAGAGGGAGGAGGUUCAGGAUCACAGCGGGGCUGCUGGGAUUGCCUCUCAAAGCUCCAGUGGGGUUACGGGCAGCAUGGGAGACUCCCAGAUGGACAGAAACGACAGUCUGUCCCCCGAAACCUCGAGCCAGUCCAGCCAUGACACGGCAGACACCGGCUCAGGGAUACAGUCGGACGGCGGCUCGUCGACGACUCCGUCCUCGCGGUCGCAGAAGAUCGCCAGAGCCAAGUGGGAGUUCCUGUUUGGAGGUCAGACGGAGGAGAGUCUCUGCAGUAAAGACGCUCCGUCCACGACGCCUCCAGCCAGCGGUUCGCCAAGCCCCACUCCUCCCUCCUCCCUCCGUCUGAAACCAGCCAAUCAGAGGAGGGGGCGGGGCAGCAAGGGUCCGAGGUUGUCGCAUCACGCGGUGCGGCAGAUCGAGGUGGAGCUGGUGACCCCCGACCCCAGAGGCUCCACCCCCAGGACGGGCAUCAUCCGCCGGACCGUCCAGUACUCCGAGACGGAUCUGGACUCCGUGCCACUGCGGUGCUACAGGGAGACCGACCUGGACGAGGUGAUGCGGGCGGAGGCUGAGGCGGCCGAGGAGGCAGACUCGGCCUUUGGGAGUAACCGCAGCGUCCUGGGAAACUCCAGCUUCAGCCCGGCCGACACCUCCCCGAAACCCCGGACAGGUGGCGUGAAGAAGAGGGGAGAAGAAGAGGAGGAGGAGGAAGCAGUGGUGAGCUGGGCCAGUGUCCGGAUGCUGGGAGAUCAACAGAGACAAAGAGCCGACGAGGACGAGGUGUUCAGUCUGCUGCUGAAGGGGUCAUUGGCGGCGUGCGACUCGCACGGCGGCCUCAAGUCUCCGAUCUCCAUCGGCAGCCCCCGACGACCCUCCGAGAGCAACCUGGACUCCUUCAGCCGCCACUUUGAAAGCAUCAUGGAGUCUCACCGGGCCAAAGGCACCUCGUACAGCAGCCUGGACAGCGUGGACCUCCUGACCUCUGGAUCCACGUCGGUGUUCACCUUCGACCUGCCCACCCUCACCCCUGAGAUCCAGAGUCAGAUCUGCGACAGCGCCAAGCAGAUCAUCGAGCUGAGCUUCGCCCCGCUGGUCCGUCCGGACCCGUCCGCCCCGUCGGAGACGUCUCGCUCCGAAAUCGCACUCAGUGACUUGGGGGCGGGGCUUCGAGGCUGCUCCAAAGACGACCCUGGCUCUCCGGUUCGAUCCAAGUCGGAGAAAGAGUCGUGGCGUCGGUCCAUCCUCAAAGACGGCUUCCGCAAGGCGAACUCGGCCCCCUCGCUCCACAGCAGCCCCAGGUGAGUCACGGCUGAUGGUGCAGGUCCAGACUGAGGACAGGAAGUCUCCACUUCCUGUCUCCAUCCUGGGAAGUGUGACGCUAACGUUAGCUCAGCUUAGCUGACGCUGACGCUGCACAAAUAGUAGAUGAUGCCACUGACAGGAGACCAAAUGAAACGCACCGUUACCUUGAUUGUAAUUACAGAUUUCUCUGUUUGAACAUUGUUGAAACAUUUGUGAUAACAUAAGAACACAACUCAACAACGUAUACAACACAGGUAGUUGUUUUUAGACACUUUAAUGAAGAAAAGUUAUAUAUUCAACCUUUCAAAUCUGCAAACUGAUGACUGCAUGUAAAAUGUAUUAUAAAUGUACUAGAAAUAAAAACAAUAGAAUCUACCUGCUGCAGUAACACGGAUCAGCCACACGGUGACACCAGAGAGACGUGAAGUGGUUACUGUUGGUGUUCACUUGUCUAUCUUUGUGAGGACCAGUUUGAGUUUUAGACCUCGAGAGUAGGAGGACAUUUAGGGAAGUGAGGACUCUUUAGUUGGUCCUCAGAGUCUCUUUAAGUGUUUGGAGAGUGAGGAUGUUUUUAAGAGACGUUUUUGUCUUUAAAUCUUGAAAAGGUUGUGUGAUGUUUAAAACAAGGAAUGCAGUAUGUCAAUGAGUCCUCAUAAGUAUUGAAGAACAAACGUGUGCGUUUACAUGCAUGUGUGUGGGGAUUUAAUGGGACACAUGAGUUUAAUUAUAGAGUGUCUGACGCACACACACACACACAAGAGGGCGACACUGAGCUGUUUCUGAGGAGCUGAAGUCCAUUCACUUUUUUCAUACCUGUCAUACCUGGUCCUUCCUGUCCAGUCUUUGUUGUAGCGAUGUCAUACCUGGUCCUUCCUGUCCAGUCUUUGUUGUAGCGAUGUCAUACCUGGACCUUCCUGUCCAGUCUUUGUUGUAGCGAUGUCAUACCUGGUCCUUCCUGUCCAGUCUUUGUUGUAGCGAUGAAUGUAGUGAAAAUAGAAAUGAUCAAGUACAAGUACCUCACACUUGUACUCAAGUAGAGUACUUGAGUACUCUAGGUUCCUCUGGUCUGUGUUUGGUGAUCAGUUCUGGCUCCACAUCCUCCUCCAGCUCCACAUGAUCUACUUUCACAUAGAACCGAACCACAGAGCCUGUAAAGUCUGCAUUUAACAAUGCGUCAGCAUCUAAUUGUUCCCUCCACGUCUUUAUGUCCGUUCACCUCAGGACACCGUUGUAAUGUCCCUCUUGUUUCAGCCUCAGACAUUCACAGAGGAGACCUUUUCUUCUUUUUCUUUUAGUCUCUUGGAAACGUCUGUAGGUUUUGUACCUCUGAGAUGUAAAAGUAUUGAGUAGCAGAAAAGGGAAAUACUCAAGUAAAGUAUAAGUACAAAACUUGGCUAAAUGUACUUGUUAAAUUCCGUUAUAUUUUAUUAGUCAUAUGUAGUCUGUGUAAUGUAAUGUAAUGUGUCGGGUCAGCACUAGCGACGAGUACAUACAACAGUAUUUAACAUAGAAUAAGUUGAUAGUAGAUACUUAUUCCUUUUUUUUGUCUCUUUUGUAACUUUUUCAAUACUUACAAACAUAAUGUCCCCAAGUUUUAUCAAUGAAAAAUAUGCUGACUCAUUUGGCUGAGAGUCACCAGUUAGCACUAAGUCACUGUGAUUUAUGACCAAAGUUAACGAAACAUUUCACUUUUACGCUUCCAACAACAGUCGUCAUCCACAAAUCCCCACAAAGAGUCUAACACCUGAAUCAGUCCACUGCGUCUCCUACUGACCACCCUGUUGGUCUAUCUAUUCAAAGAGAAAUGUUAUGCCUGAGGGUCUGGUGGUCUGAAGGUCUCGUAGUUUGAUGGCCUGGUGGUUUGGUGGUCUGUUGGUCUGAGGGUCUGGUGUCCUGAUGGGCUCAAGGGUUCUGUGGGCGGAACAGUUCCCGUUCCAGACCUCCAUCCAGCUCCCCAGGUUGAACCUGUAGAAGUUAGUCAGGAUGCCGACGUUCCUUCCAAACGUCCUCCGUCUUCUCAGAAAGUAGAGCUGCUGACGAUCUUUGUGUGACCACAUACACACACACAUACACACGCACAAAAUUCUAAUUCAAACACAAACUUUAUUGUUUUAGCAGAAAACAAACCUCAGGGAAAGUUUCAUGAAAGCAAAACCGAAAAAUCGAACUUGAUCAACAGCUUCUUCUCCUUCAGCGGAAAGAGACUCCUCCCAACACACACACACACACACACACACACAC